CUGCUCGCCAGCGGCGCCGCGGCGCGCGCCACCAGCAGCACGCGGCUCAACGAGCACUCGUCGCGGUCACACGCGGUGCUCUCGGUGGAGCUGAGUCUGGCGGACCCGAAGAGCGAGGGCGCCUCCGGCAAGCUCCGGCCCAAGCUCACCUUUGUCGACCUCGCCGGCUCGGAGCGCCCCAAGCGCGCCGGCACCGAGGGAAAGGUGCGGCAGGAGGGCAUCCAAAUCAACCUGUCGCUCUUCCACCUCAACCACGUGCUCCACGCGCUGGGCACGCGCGCGGCGCACGUGCCGUACAACGGCUCCUCCCUCACCAAGGUCCUCGCCGGCCGCCUCGGAGGCGCCGCCCAGACCCUUACGCUCAUGCUCGCCUGCGCCUCGCCGGCCGAGCCGAAUGCGGUCGAGACGCUCUCGACGCUCUACACCGUCUCGCGCGCGCGGACGAUC